UUCGGCCUGUGGCCCCCGAGUUACAACAACGACUGCAUCCAAAACGGCGCCGUAACAUGUAGCAGCACCGUCCGUGCGAUCAUGGCUGGAUCUAGUUCUGAGCUUCAGCUGGUUCGCAAUGUGAUGUCUGGCUUGUGUUCACUUCGUUCGGAUGCAACGAAGAUUACUGCUUGGAUCGCGAUGGGUUCAUGUUCAAUGGACAUGCCGCUUCAUGUAGAGGGUGCGUGGCUGCGUCGCUUCCCCUUUUGCGUUAUCCACGGCGACAUGCUAUUCGUUAUCUGUGCACUCUUCGUGCCUGGCUUACCGUGUGUCGAAAGCGUUCGAUUACCGUCUUUUCUGCUCUGCAGGAGGAGUGGCGUCGUUAAGGGCACCGACGAGAAUUUCAGUGGAGUGUAUGAAGAAAGUUGGGGUAGCAUCGCAUAGGGAGAGAGAGAGAGAGAGAGAGAGAAAGAGAGAGAUAUAACAAUGUUGAUUGAUCUUUAAUGUGUGUUUGUUUCUCUUGCAGGUUAUUGGCGUUUUGGAGCUUUCUUCAAACAUCCAUGACCGAGCCCGGGUUCGUGCCGAAGGACUUCUGCGACCAGGUCGCUCAAGCACGGGAGGCCGCGGCGGAGGCGGGCGACCGCGUCUGGCGCCCCGGGGAGGCGAGCACUUGCGGCAAGUGCAGGCAGUCGAGGCCCGAGCGGGCGCACCACUGCUCCAUCUGCGGGCGCUGCGUGCUCCGGAUGGACCACCACUGCCCCUGGGUUGGAAACUGCAUUGGUUUCGCCAACCACAAGUAUUUCAUCCAGAUGACUAUGUACGGGAUGCUAGCUUGCGCAACUUUCGUGCUCACCGCCAUGCCAGAAUUCUGGUUGGUGUUCGUGGGCAAGAAGCACCGCAAGGGACGCAGCGCCUUUCGGGCACAGCUGCCCAUCAAGGACCAGAUGCUGUUCAGCCUGGCGGGCAUGCUGGCGCUGUCGUUCUCCGUCGCGCUUGGUGUGCUGUUCUGUUCGCACAUUUUCCUGCUGGUGAAGAACCUGACGUCGAUAGAGAUGGCCUACAGGGGUGGGAAUCCGUACGACCUUGGCAAGCGGCGCAACGCCUCGCAGCUGCUGGGCGAGAUGGACGCCUCCUGGCUGCUACCCAUAGCCCCUGCCAGGCCGCUGUCCGACGGCCUGUCCUUCCCGUCUGCGAGACAGGCCCAGGGGCGCAGCCACGUGGACGUCGCCCCGAUCGGCCGCCGCGACGUGGACGACGGGGUCUGAGCGGCCGCCCUCGCUCACGUGGCCGCGCGGCCCCCCUCCGCAGCGACGGCCCCUCCCAGGGGCUCUCCGGCGCGGAUGUGGAGGAGCGGCAGUGUGCUUCUGGGACAUAGGCUCGCACCUCCGCGCGCACACACACAGAGUUUCAUUGCCUGUGUGUGGCUCCCUCGCCCUCCUGGCCUCUCACGCCGCCUCGCGCCUCGGCGCGUUCCCCUUUUUACCUGACAGCCUUUGCUGACAGGUUUCUAGUGGGCUCAAAAGAGGCAUCAUGACUCCUCA